CCCAAGAGCGUUAGGGCUCUACAUACACUUCUUCUCAGGCCUGUAGAUCUUUGCUCUCAUUGGCGCUGCGAGUCGAUCUCCGGUAAGAGCCGAGCUGCUGUGGCAGAUUCCGCGGAUUGGGAGCUGGAUCUUUGUUGCGGAGGCCAGAGUGGAGGGAAAUCCGCGAGCUGGAAUGGUCAAGGCUAGGGUUUAGGCAGAAUGCGGUGGUGGCAACGCAUCACAGCCGAGCAGCACCCUUCUCUGUUCGAUCACCGGCAGCAGCAGCAGCAGCAGCAGAGCCAAAUGCAGCCCGAUGGAUUUGGAAGGGAUGCGACCAGUCUGCGCAGCGUCUCUGCUGCCGCAAAGGCCUUUCUCUUGAACAAGCGCCGCUUGCGCCUCGACCCUGACAAGAAGCUCGUCUUUGAGUAUGAACCGGGAAAGCAAGUCUCCAGCGCUGUGAAGAUCAAGAAUGUGAGCCGCUCCAAUGUGGCAUUCAAGUUCCAAACCACGGCACCAAAGAGCUGCUUCAUGCGUCCUCCAAAUGGAAUCAUCAAGCCGAACGAGACCAUCUACGCAACUGUCGUCAAGUUCGUGGAGCAGCCAGAGCGUCCACAGCAGAAGAGAGCGAAGGAGAAGUUUAAGAUUGUCAGCCUGAAAGUUAAGGACGGGGUCGAGUACACGCCAGAGCUGUUUGAAGAGCAGCGGGAACUAGUCACCGUUGAGAGAAUACUGCAAGUGGUCUUUGUAGACCCGCAACACACUUCUCCGGCGGAGCUGGAGAGGCUCCGGAAGCGUCUAGCGGAGGCCGAGGCAGCGCAGGAAGCCCGCAAGAAACCUUGUGAGGAGAAAAACCCCAAAGGAGCAGUCGUGGAGGGGCUUGUCAUUGACGAAUGGGUACCAAGUUUUUUUCCAAUUCUCUCGUCACUCACAAACUUUGUCAAUGAUUUGCAGAAAGAGCGUCGAGAAAAGUAUUUGGCGAGGCAGCAAGUUGAGGGAGCUGACUCUUACUAAUAAGAAAAAGUAGGCUUUGAAGCUUUCGUGUUCGUUCACACAAAAGGGUUGUAUGUGAAAUAUUAUAUAUAGCAUUUGACCAUGGUAAA